AUGCCUGCCCCGCCCGCCGACGCAGCCAGCCCGCGCGAACAUGCGUCGCCCGGCAAGAAGAGGGCGCCCGCCGUGAUGAGCGGCAACGACUUUGCAAAGGCCAUUGGCAUCAGCAAGCCCGCCAAUGUGCGCGACAAGAUCAAGCGAUGGCAGCAGGACGGCGGCAACGACGCGGCCGUCGCGGGCACCGACGACGACGACGCCACGCCGUCGGCAGACGUCGAGCCAAAGACGUCCCGGCCCAAGUCGCAGCCCCCGACGCCGAAGACGACGACCAAGCCCACGGCCGACAAGCCAAACUGGCAGCCCGCGCCCGCGCCCGACAAGCCAAACUGGCAGCCUGCGCCCGCGCCCUCUACCCCAACCGACCACAGCCCGCAGCGGGCGACGCCGGCCCACAACGAGCUCGACGACGACGUGCACAGCGCCGUCGCCCCCAAGAAGCGCGUCGUGAGCGACUCGCACUGGCGCGCAAAGCAGUCGCCGCCAAAAGACGCCGCCCGCCCGCCGCCCAAGACGAUCCCCAACGCCUGGGUGCGGCCCUCGCGCAUCGUGAAGAAGGACAAGCUUGCUGUCCCGGAGGAUGUCGCGCCCGCACCGUCCGCACCGCCCACGGCCACGCCCGCACCGCCCACGGCUGCGCCGCCCACGUCCACGCCUGCACCGGCGCCCACGCUCACGCCCACGCCCAAGACGCCGCUGCAGGCACCGGUGCCGCAGACGCUGGCCAAGUACAUCAGCAAGAGCACGGGGCAGAAGAAGGGCGCCCAGCGCCAGCGCCAGCGCCAGCGGCGCGCGUCCAAGCCCGCGAGUUCCAAGAGCGACGCCAACGAGGAGCGGCCCGUCAGCAGCGGCUCGGGCAGUGCAAAGGAGCCCGCCGUCGAGCCCGAGUCUCCGCAGCGCAAAAAGGACAGGUCGGAGGUGGUCAAGGUCCGCCGCAGAAACACGCAGACGUCCCCUCGCGCCUCGCUCUCCGCCGAAGACGCCGAGCCUGUCAAACAGAGGCCGGGCCGCAGGUCAGAGCCCGGGCCCGCCUUUGAGCAUCUCGCCAACCUCGUCACCGUCGAGUAUGCCGAGUCGAGCGUGUCCCCCGAGCUCGGGCCCGACGUCACGUCGCCGCGUGCAGAUGAGCUACGGGAACGCCGCAGAAGGCGGCGCCAGAGCAGGCCAAUGUCCGACGACGAGGGCUUCCGGGAGUCUACACGGCGCCACCGCAGGACCAAGACCGACACGGUCGACAUGGAGAAGGAGGACGUCAUGCGGGCGCUGCGCGCCGUCCAGCCACGAGCGCUGUCGCCGCCCAACAAGGUGUUCGCCAGCAGACUGGAAGCCUGGCUCGACCGCACCCAGCAGAUGCAGGACGCCGCAGAACAGUCGGAACGCCUCCCGCCCCGCCGCAGACGGCGAUCAAAGGAGCCAGCCCGGGAGUCGUCCGCUGCUCCAGCAGAGUCGUCCGCUACCCAAGCAGAGUCGUCCGCUAUUCAAGCAGAGUCGUUCGUCGUCCCAGCAUCCACCAAAGGCAGGCAUCAGCCAGCCCCCGUCGACCCAGCACCCGCUGAAGAGACGACAAGACCAGCACCUGCUGAAGAGACGACAAGACUGGCACCCGCUGAAGAGGCGACAAGACCGGCAACCGCUGAAGAGGCGACAAGACCGGCAUCCGCUGAAGAGACGACAAGACCGGCAUCCGCUGAAGAGACGACAAGACCGCGCAGCAGCGGCAGCGGCAGCGGCAGUGCAAGUGCAGGUGGGAGCAGACGCAGGCGCAGGCGUCGCAGCCACGAGCAGCGACGAGCAAGCCGCGAACUCAAGAUCGACACCACCGCACCCGUCGCAGAAGAGGCAGCCUCGCCUGUCGGCCCCGACGGUUCUGCUGCACCACCGCUUCCCGACAAGGCCGAGCCUGAGCCUGAGCCUGAGCCGCCAGAGGCCCCGCUCUCGCCAACGCCAACACUGAAGCGUCGAGGCGCGAGGCGCAAGAGCCAACACAUGCGCUCCAAGAGCUCGACCUGUUCUCCUCUGCGCGAGAGCAUGUCCACGGACGAUCUCACCCAAGAAGACACUGCCCGCGCUGUCUCGGCCGCGUCCUCUGCCCUGUCAUCGUCGGUGGGUGCGUCUUCCGUCGACUUUGACCAGCCCUCGCUCAGACCACGACCCCUUGCCGUGCAGCGCCGCAAGCCAGCAAGAGGCAAGCGUCUGUCUACGAUUGCUUCGGUCGAUUCGCUCGCGAGCAAGGCGCACCGACCGCCGGGAACAGACGUCGCGCGCUCGGAGCGGAGCGAGUCUGUCUUCAGCGACGACAGAACCGUGACUGCUUCAGAAGUCGGCUCGCAGCUGAACGAGACGUCUACAAUCGUCAGUCGCAGGAGCACACGGAAGAACAGGCUGGCGAGCCACGCGGACUUGAUAUCAGUGCUGUCGAUGCCCAAGGCAGGAGCGAAGAGCAUCGUGUCCGCGCGCAGCAUUCGCACCAACAGGAGCCGCCUGGCUACUGCCACAAUACCAGACAUUAUGAACGAGCUUGCCGACGACGAGGCAAAGUACAUGCGGGAGCUGCGCACCAUUGUCGACGGCGUCAUUCCCGUCCUCCUCAGCUGCGUCCUCUCCAAGACCGACUCGGCCGUCGCCGUCGGCCUCUUUUCUCGCUCCGCCAAGUCUGACCCCAGUGAGGUCACCAAGCCCAUUGUAGACAUGGGCCUCUGUCUCGAGCGACUCAAGACACUGCACAAGCGCGUGCCCAAACAAGACUCGGACGGCUUCCUUUCCUGGGCCCAGAGCGCACAGCGCGUCUACGGCGACUACAUUAGCGUGUGGCGCCUCGGUUUCCAGGACGUUGUCAUCAGCCUUGCCCCUGCCGACGACGAUCCGUUCAAGCCCGCCAAGAUUGUGAACGGCCCGGACGACGGCGCUCCGUGGGACGAGGGCAUGCCGCGCAAUGCCGAUGGAUACGUGGUGAAUGGCGAUGGCGAGCGAGUCGAUGUCGCCUAUAUGCUGAAGAGGCCGCUGGUGCGACUGAAGUACCUGGCCAAGACACUCAAGGGUCUCAAUCACGUCCAGCCCUCGGAGCGCGCAGACAAGAUCGCCGCCACCUUUCACGAUCUCGUCACCGCCGCGAGGAAGAGGUCCAACGACGAGCAAGCCCGACUCGAAGACGAGGCUGCCUCCAGCAUAGACGCCACGCGCGCUCGUGAUCCUCGAAGCCUCGCUCCGCUGGCUGGCGUUCGAAUCGAUGCAGCUCGCUGCGUCAGAGCGCGGGACUACUUUGACCUGUACCUGUACCACUCUACCAGCCAGGAGCUGAGCUGUCGCGUCGAGCUGUUGCUCCGCGACAACGCACCAGGUACAGCACAAGGCGGAGAUGUCCUGCUGUGCGAGGUCGACUCCACGGGCCGAUGGCUCCUCCUGCCGCCCAUUCAGCAGAGCCGCAUCUCAGCGCGCAAUGGCGAUGUGAAGGGUGAGAUUGUUGUCAUGAUCCGCGGAAACCAAGCCGAUGGGUCCGAAUGGAGCGAGGUGAUGUCACUUACUGCCGAUGAUGAGCAAGCCGGCUUUGAGUGGGUGCAGAUGCUUGGCCUCACCCCUAUCCCACCGCCGAUUGCCGACAUCAAGCGAGACCAGACGGUCCCGGGCCAGAUGGCGAGACCCACAAGCAGCCAUGGUUCUUCGUUGGUGUCCGUGGCAACCGCUUCGACGGCGCCCUUCAAGAGCAGGACACCAAGCCCUCACGAAAUCGAGAUUCCUCUCGGCGAACAGCACACGGGCGUCUCCAAGGUCUGGAACUACGACACACCUGACAGACGCCGACAGUCGCGCACGGUAUCGCCGGUUACGCCGCCAAGUGCCGACGGCUCCCUUGCCAACAGGAACCGGGACGCAGGCGACGGCUCCCUUGCCAACAGGAACAGGGACGCAGGCGACGUCUCUCUUGCCAACAGGAACCGGGACGCAGCCGACGUCUCCCCACCAGAGCCACAAGCAAAUCUGGGCACUGUGCGACGCACGAGACGUCCCGACGCAGACGCAGACCAAACGCCGCGAAGCAGCUUCGACGACGCUACGCGCUCAGACGGCACCGCGUCACCCACGGGGCUGAAGCGCACAAAAGCAAAGAGACUGUCAAGGACUGUGACAUUGUCGACGGUCUCACAACGGCCCUCGCGGCAGAUCACGCUCGACGAUCCCAUUGAGUUUGUUGACGAGCCGAAGCCUAUCCAAAGCCGCGAGGCCAAGAUCAUCCAAGAAGAGAAGCAGCCUCGUCGCAAGUCGACGAAGCGUCGUGGGAAGAACUUCAGUGUAUGGAUGCCAACGUCAGAGGCAGAUUGUUCAGACGAGUCCGACGGAAGCGAAGAAUCCGCUGAAGAAGAGCAAAUGUCGCCUCCAGGCUCCCCACCGCGACCUGGCACGCACAGAAGAGUAUCGUCGACACCUUCGAUGGAACUGCCAUCCAUUCCAAGGCUGAGGAAGUCGAGCCAGCCCUCGACGUCAUUGAGAGAUGCUGCGAAUGCCGAUGAACUUUCUGAGCCACCCGCUUCGGCACCGCCAGCGCUGAGCAAGGCUCCCAAGACUCGCAACCAAGAGGACGAUGCACCACCGCCUCCGCCACCCCACCGGUCCCCCAGCCCGGCUACCCCAGUCACUCUAAAGGGCUCGAAGACACCAAACUUUACACCAGCACUGCCCGGAUGGAAGACUAAGCGCCGCUCGUCUUCCCCUCUCAAGCACGAAUAUGAGCCGUCGACGUGCACUGAAUCGUCGAGCGAGAGCGAGGAAGAUGUCGUGUCCGAGGAUGAUGCCAGCGAGUCAGACGACGUCAGCCUGACCUCGGAGUCGUCAGAGGACGAGCUGGACGAUGACAUCCCGACACCGUUGAUGCCGCUCAGCAGAUCACGCAGCUACGCCACCCGCCCAUCCUCGGCUGGCAGAGACGCCGCCCCGCUCGAGCCUCUGCCCGAGGAGAGCAAAGAGUUUCCCAGCGUGUCUCCGCCUGCAUCGAUCUACACCUUGCCCAACGGCACAAUCACCCCAUCCCAAUCCGCAUCGAACCAGCCCUAUCGCGCUGUCCCGACAAACUCUGGCAAGGCUACCAAGGCCGUUGGGUCCAUUUUCUCCUGGUCAGAUGCUGGACGAUGGGACAGCCUCCAUCCGGACGAGUGCAGCAUUGUUGUUACUCCAGGCAAGAUUGAAGUGUUUGAGAUCACAGCCGCUCACUCCAAGCCACUCGUAUCCGACGGCGAUGAGAUUAUACAGCCAGGCGGACGUGCUCCCCUUAUUGCGGUUGAGCUUACCCCCCUGGUUCCCCUGCGCAAGUCGACAGCAAUCGACAUCUCCAUUCGCUCGCCGCCGACGUCCGACUCUCGCAUAGCCACAGGCAACAACAUCAUGCUGAGGAGCCGCAACGCCACAGAGUGCGCGCAGCUAUAUGCCAUGAUCAACCAGUCCCGCAUCAACAACCCGACCUACAUUGCCCUGCAAAACGCCCGCGGACCUUAUGGGCACACAAGCUGGGCAGAGGCAAUGGAUCGCCGCAAUGAAGCAAGAACGAAUGCUUCUUCUGGAUCGGGACUGUUUGGUGGCACACUCGGCCGGCGGAGCAGCUACAGAAAGUCGAGUACACGUGCGGCAUCAAUAUCCGCUGCCACAGAGUCCUCGGUCGGCACCAUGGGGACUGCGAUGCGAUCGGCACUCAGCCGUUUCUCCUUUGGCAAGGGCGGCAUGUUCAGCGUGCGAAACUCGACACUGGAAUCGCAGUCUCUCAACAGCUUCGACACUGGGUCGAGCGGGUCUCUUCCUGGCUCAGGCGCGUCCUCGCCAAACGGACCCGGUGGAGCAGUCGGCGCGCCCGCCGGCAUCACCAACACCAAGUGCAGACUCUACGAGCGAGAGAGUCUGAAGAAGUGGCGCGACAUGGGCGGAGCGAGACUGACCAUUAUGCUACCAAGUCCGAACCCGAGCGCGCCAGGCAGCCCCAACCCUCUUCAGCGCUCUCCAGGCACGCGAGACCAUACGCAGGAGCGCCGUAUCGUGGUGACCAGCAAGAAAGACAGCCAGAUACUGCUCGACGUCACCCUUUCCGAGACGUGCUUUGAACGAGUCGCACGCAGCGGCAUCGCAGUAUCCGUGUGGGAGGACAAUGUCGACGAGCAUGGACAGGUAGGCCAAGUCGCGCACACGGGCGGCGUCAAUGGCGCGAGAGCAAGGGUCUUUAUGAUCCAGAUGAAGAGUGAGCGGGAGGCGGCGUACUGCUUCUCGCUGCUGGGGAAGAUGAGGUACUAA